CAUAAAAUAUGUAUAUGAAUAGUAAAACAUAUAUAUAGAAAACAACAUAUUUAAGAUUAUCCAUCCAGGGGUGCUUCUUACCCGAGACAGCAAUUUUGGCUGUGCUACCACAAAUAAACAAGAAAAGAAGAAGUAGAAUGACAUUAAUUCUUUUCAAAAAGUAUUGACGAAAUUGAAUAAAAAAUCAAAAUAAAGAAUUGUAGAAAACAAACCCUCUUUGUUCAAAGAUAAUGGCUACUGAUAAUUGUGAAAUGAUUAUUAAGAAAGAGCUUGAAUCUGUUGGGGAUGAAAUGGUUUUUGAAACAAAUAUCAUGAAAUGUGAAACAAGUGAAACUGAAAUGGUCCCUGAAUCUGGACAAUAUCUGUUUGGUAUUGAAUUGGUUACUCAUAACCUCGAAGAAAAAUAUGAAAUAGAUCAGAUUAAAACUGAAAGUGUCAUUGAUGUUUACCAUGAACCCAAAUCAGAAAUAGAAAUAAGUGAAGGCCCUCAUAAUAAGGUCCUUGAUGAACAGGAUGAAGAUAUGACUCAUGAUUCAAAACACACCACAGAUUCUGGGAACGUUUUUGUUGAAACAGAGGAUGGAACAGUCAGCGAGAAGAAGGAAGAGAGCUUCAAUGAAAAGAAGUUUGGCAUUGCAAACGAUCAUAUUGUGAAACCGUAUCAGUGCAAAAUCUGCUCGAAAUCAUUCAGUUGGUUAAGUCAUUUGAAAAUACAUGAAAAAACUCAUACAGGGGAAAAAUCAUUCCAAUGUAAAAUAUGUCUAAAGUCAUUUGGUAGAAAAGGUAAUUUGAAAACCCACCAAAAAAUUCAUACUGGUGAAAAACCAUUUCAGUGCAAAAUCUGCCCGAAGUCAUUUACUCAAAAUGAUUCUUUGAAAAGACAUGAGAUAACUCAUACUGGCAUUAAAUCAUUUCAGUGUAAAAUCUGCUUGAAGUCAUUCACUUACAGUGAUAGUUUGAAAACACAUGAAAAAACUCAUACUGGAAUUAAAUCAUUUCAGUGUAAAAUCUGCUCAAAGUCAUUUUUUCAAAGCGGUCAGUUGAAAUCGCACGAAAGAACCCAUACUGGUGAAAAGCCGUUUCAGUGUAACAUCUGCUUGAAGUCUUUUAUUCAUAGUAAUAGUUUGAAACUCCACAAAAGAACACAUACUGAGAAAAAACCAUUUCAGUGUAAAAUCUGUCUGAAAUCAUUUACCCAAACUAGUCACUUGAAAAAACAUGAGACAAUCCAUACUGGAAAAAAAGCAUUCCACUGUAAAAUCUGCUCAAAAUCAUUUUUUCAGAAUGCUAAUUUGAAAGCGCAUGAAAGAAGCCAUACUGGUGAAAAGCCAUUUCAAUGUAAAAUCUGCUUGAAGUCUUUUAUUUAUAGAAGUAGUUUGAAACCCCACGAAAGAAGUCAUACUGAGAAAAAACCAUUUCAGUGUAAAAUCUGUCUGAAAUCAUUUACCCAAACUAGUCACUUGAAAAAACAUGAGACAAUCCAUACUGGAAAAAAAGCAUUCCACUGUAAAAUCUGCUCAAAAUCAUUUUUUCAGAAUGCUAAUUUGAAAGCGCAUGAAAGAAGCCAUACUGGUGAAAAGCCAUUUCAAUGUAAAAUCUGCUUGAAGUCUUUUAUUUAUAGAAGUAGUUUGAAACCCCACGAAAGAAGUCAUACUGAGAAAAAAUUAUUUCAGUGUAAAAUUUGCCUGAAAUCAUUUACCCAAAAUGGUAGUUUGAAAACGCAUGAGAGAACUCAUACUGGAAAAAAACCAUUCCAGUGUAAAAUCUGCUUGAAGUCAUUUUUUUGUAAUUUGAAAUCACAUGAAAGAACCCAUACUGGUGAAAAGCCAUUUGAGUGUAAAAUUUGCUUGAAGGCAUUUACUCGAAAUAGAAAUUUGAAAAAACAUGAAAGAACUCAUUCUGGAAAAAAAUCCUUUCAGUGUGAAAUCUGCUCACAGUCAUUUUUUCAGAGUGCAAAUUUGAAAUCGCAUGAAAGAACCCAUACUAGUGCUUUUACAUUCAGAACAUACUGAAAAAACCAUUUAAGUGUAAAAGAAGCUACUUAAAAUCUUCAAAAACUCAUGGAAAUCAGCAAAAACGUUUAAUUGUGCAAAGUUACUCCUUGAUAAUUUUUCUGGUUUAUAAAAUCUUGAAUAAAUUCAUCAUCUCAAAUUAUAAUAAUAAAAAUGUCAUUUUUUAAUCCUCGGCAAAGUCCAGUAGUAAUACCGCUCUGCUUAACUGAGUACCAUUUACAGUUAUUCAAUAGUAAAUACAUUAUUAACACUUACAAAAUUAAACAUAAGUAAAUAAUUAUACUCAAAUUACACACAUUAUGAAGGUACUAAACAUUAUACAGAUUCAAUUGAAAGCGUUAUAUUUUUAGAAGAGAUUAAUUUUAGGGCUAUCUACUU